ACCAACUUCAGUGAGAGAGCGGUUUUUUUAUGCAGCAGAGGAACCACACGCUGAUCGAAAAUGUCGGCAUUAAGUGAGUUUUUGCGGGCUCGAGGGGUUUCGGAAGAAGCUAUGUCAAUAAUGGAAGAGCAAAAGAUUGACAGUGAUGUCAUUGGGCUGAUGGAUGAUGCAACUCUGGCAAAUUAUAUCCCUUCCUAUGGAGACCGAAUUGCUCUCUUCAAUUUCUGCAAAACUACAAAACCUCUUUCAAAACGAAAAGAGGGGCUUUUGGAAAAACUUUGUGAUAAAAUGAAACUCAGAAAGGAAAGCAGCAAGGAAAACAUAUCAGAACCCCACACAAGACCAACACAGACAAAAAAGCUGAAAACAACACGAAAUAUAGAGAUAGGAUGGAUUCACAAAGACGGUAAAAUAGCUAAGCAAGUAAGGGCAAAACAAGGAGGUGGCACCAGAAAAAUUCCAAUGGCAAAUGAAGCUGGAUUAAAAGACAUCCUUCAAGAAGGAAAGAAGCUUUUCUUUCCUGAUGGAGUAUCUCCUAAAGGUUCUGAAUCAGACUUUGAGUUUGAGGUGUGGGACUUUAAACAGAACUACCUUUCUGAUGAAACUUGCCAGUCUAUUGGCACUAUGUAUGAGACCGCAAAGCUGACCAUGUUAUGUUUUUACAUUGCAACCACGCCAAAAGGACUUGAAGAUGAUGCCAGCGGGACAUCUGAAGUGAUCUUUGUCUCAGCACACAGUGCCAGUGAUAUUAGUACAGCAGAUUUACAAGUGGGAGAUGUCAUGGGAGAUUUUGAUGGAGUCCAGCCUGGUUUAGAAGUGUCUAUUGAUUCUGAAAUUGCAUUUGCCCCCCUUUAUGAUGCUGAAGAAGACCUAGAGGACACACUGAUCUAUGAGGGUCUUCUUGUGCCUGCAAGUCCACCUCAUCCAGAGGAUGUGAUAACGAUCACUGUACAUCAUGCUAACACUUUACAUGAUAUGAUUACUGCUUUCUCUGAUCCUGAGAUUUUGAACAAAGCAUUAAAUGUGAAACGCAUACUUCCAGACAACCAAGAAGAAGCAGGCAGCGGAUCUGGAGUAUUAAGAGAUGUCCUCAGCUGCUUCUGGCAUGAAUUCUAUGAGCGUUGCACACUGGGUACAACGGUUAAAGUGCCCUUCAUUCGCCAUGAUUUUCCUGCUGAAACAUGGAAGGCAAUUAGUAGAAUCCUAUUGAUGGGUUACCAGAAUUGUCAGUAUUUGCCUAACAAACUUGCACUCCCCUUCCUUGAACAGGUUCUUUUCAACAGCGUGUAUAGUAAUAUUAAAGAACAUUUUCUCCAGUUUGUUAGCAGCCAGGAACGUGAGGUUUUGAAGCAAGUGAUGAGUGAUUUCUCCACAGUUGACUCUGAUGACCUUGUGGAAGUUCUUGACAGCUAUGGCUGCAGAAGAAGAAUCACAGCUGAGACUCUUUCUACAAUACUUGAUGAAAUAGCACACAAAGAGCUGAUCCAGAAACCCAUGUUUGUCAUUGACUGCUGGAGGGAGAUCACCCAUAAUCAUCUCUCCCUUAGUCCAGAGGCACUGAAAAAGUUGUUCUCUGACUUGCAGCCAACCUCAAAAAAGGUCUGUCAGCUGCUGAAAUUUGCAGCUGAUUUAACUCCCAAACAAAAGGAAGUGGCAAAUCAUCUCAAAAGAUUCAUUAGAGAGCUAGAUGAAAACAAACUUCAGAAGUUUUUGCGGUUCUGCACUGGAUCUGAUCUCAUUGUUGCAGACAGCAUCUAUGUGGAGUUUAAAGAAAUGACAGAUUUCACAAGGAGACCAGUUGGGCACACAUGUGGCAAGAUUCUGCUUGUAGCCGAAAGCUAUGAGAAUUUCCCAGAUUUCCGCUCAGAAUUUAAUGCAGUUCUUGAAAGCAAUGUCUGGAUAAUGGACAUUGUUUAG